CAUUAAUGAUCAUAGUAGUUGAUUUAUUUGGUGAUUUGUUUGAUGAUUUCUAAUUUCUUAGCAUUUAAUAUAAAUAAAUAAUAAUAUUUAUACAGAUUGUUUAUAUAUAUGUUUAUAAUUAUAAAUAAAAAUGUUAUAUUUGAAUUUUUGAAGAAAAUAAUUGUAUAAUCAAUACUAAAUCGUGUAAAUAAAAAACGAAUAUUUUGAAUUAUUUUAAAUCAUAUUUAAUAAUCAUAUAUUUUAUGAAAUAAAAAUGUUAUCUGGAAGACCUGCUGUAACAGAAAAUCCUUUGGGACUUUCUUGGCAUGACAGUGCAUGGAUUCCUGUAUUAAAUCCAAAUAAUAUAAUGGAUUAUUUUUCAGAAAGGAGUAAUCCUUUCUAUGAUAGAACAUGUAAUAACGAAAUCGUUAAAAUGCAACGUUUAAGUCCUGAUCAAUUACAAAAUAUGACUGGAUUGGAAUAUAUUCUUUUACAUGUACAAGCCCCUAUUUUAUAUGUAAUCAGAAAGCAACAUCGUCAUUCUCCAACUUUAGCAGCACCACUUGCAGAUUAUUAUAUUAUUGCAGGUGUUGUGUAUCAAGCUCCUGACUUGGCAUCAGUUGUGAGCUCUAGAUUGUUAUCUACAGUACAUCAUUUACAAUCUGCUUUUGAAGAAGCUAGUUCAUGUUCAAGAUAUCAUCCUAGCAAAGGUUAUUAUUGGGAUUUUAAAAAUGGAAAAGCUAUGGCAGCAAAAAAAGAGACACCUGUUCGUGAAGAACCAAGCUCUUUAUUUCAACGUCAAAGAGUAGAUAUGUUACUUGCUGAACUUACACGAAAAUUUCCAUUACCUGUUCCAAAGCCAAUACAUCAAGCUAUAGAACCUUCAAUGGAAAUUAAACAAGAAAUAAAAACAGAAAAGAAGGACAUGAAACCACCACCAGAAAAGAAACCAAAAAUUAAUUAAUAGUUGAUUUAUAACAAUUUAAUAAUAAUAUAAGAUUUUAUAAAAAAAAUGUUUUAUAUAUAUAGAUAUUUAAUUAUUAUAUUUUUUCUGCUAAAUAAAAGGUGUGAUUUAUUUAUAUUUGAAUAUAUUUUGAUGUAUUAUUGAAUUUAUAAAAUUAAAAAUAAAUGCCAAAUAUAUUUGUUAUUCUGUAGUUUUUAUUAUUAUCUGCACCAUGGACAGUCUAGAUUUUCCAUUUCCUCUUUUAUAUUAAUCCGUGGAAACUUUUUCUCCUCAAUUUUUUUUUUUUUAAUAUUUUUAUCACAAAAAUCAGGAUAUUUUA